CAUGGCCUGGCCACCCUGAUGCCCUUGUGUUCUCCAUGACAGGACAGCAAGGCCGAGGAGAAUGGCUCUGACAGCUUCAUGCACUCCAUAGACUCACAGCUGGAGCAGCAAAUGGAAACCACGCAGAACCUGGUGGACUCCUACAUGGCCAUUGUCAACAAGACCGUGUGGGACCUCAUGACCAAGGAGUUCAUAUUAUCAGAGUUGCUGUCCAACCUGUACUUGCAUGGGAACCAGAACACACUGAUGGAGGAGUUGGCAGAGCAGGCACAGUGGCGGGAUGAGAUGCUGCGCAUUCACCACGUGCUGAAGGAGGCGCUCAGCAUCAUCGGUGACACCAACACAACCACCAUCAGCGUGCACAUGGGGGCCCGUGGGCAACUCCUGGCUGCAGGUGCAGAGCAUCCUUGCCAGAUGCAGGAGGAAGGACCCAGCCUCACCUAUGUGACCUGCAAGCCCCAACAAGCUGAGGCUCCCCUCUUAGACUUAUAAGUCUAUAGCCAGUGGCUUCCGGCUGCCUGCCCUCCCUGCCUCCCCCAGGGUCCCUUCAGAGGGUCCUGGGCUUUCUGACCACCCAGAGGGGGCUCCGGCGAUCACUCCAGCCAUCCAUCCCAUUUAGCUUCAUCAUCCUUGUUCAAGCAGUGUUCCUUCUGUCAGGCCUGGUGGCUGUUGCGUUGGGCUCCCCAAGGUGAGAGGUGGCC